GAAUGUUUAGUCAUUGUUGAAUACAUUCUGGAAGCUUUUAUUUAGUCAUAAAGUAGUAUAAAUACAUCACGGUGAUAGAACAAUUAGUUAUUUAAUAAUUACCUGCCGACCGUAAACAUGGAGUUUCCCCACUUGGGUCAACAUUGCAGUGAAGCCACAUGCAACAGACUGGAUUUUUUGCCAGUUAAAUGUGAUUCAUGCCACAAAGUUUUCUGUGUCGCGCACUACAAUUAUGAGCGUCACGACUGCCAAAAUAAAUUCCGUGGAGUUCAGGUGCCAGUCUGUCCACUGUGUGACCAACCAGUUCCCACAGCUCCUGGGGUCGCACCCGACCUCACAGUGAGCCAACAUAUUGACCAACAGUGCAAAUCGGACACCAAGAAAAUCUACACAAAUCGUUGCAGUGCGAAGGGCUGCAAGCGCAAGGAGCUCAUACCUGUGGAAUGCACGCAAUGCCAUCUAAAUUUCUGUUUACGUCAUCGCCACACCAGUGACCACGACUGCCGGUCAGUAAGUGCUGGAACUUCGGCGCCCACUGUGUUCAAGGCGACUUCAUCAACGACUGAUACGCGCUCCAUGGCGGCACGCGCGGCUGAGAAUCGACGCCAAAACAAAACAUCGAAUACGCUCUUUAGUUUAAAUGCGCGACCAACGUCACAACCACAGCGCGCCUCCGCCGCUCAAGUACAAAAUUUACAAGGGAAUAUGACCGAGGAUGAGGCUUUGGCUCGUGCGAUGGCACUGUCCAUGAUGGAAGAGGAGGAAACAGCGGAUGGAAAUCUACGCAAUGAUUUGGCAAACACAGCCCAACGUGUGCCCGUAGGCGGUCGUGAUGCCCAGCAAACAAAUGGCAAAGAUAAAUGCUCACUGUCCUAGUUCCAAAUAAUAAGCCUAUACUGCUGCUAUUGAGACUGUUCAGAAUUCAGAUCAAAUGUGUCGAAAAUGAUUAAAUUCUGCUAAUCAAUUUAUGCAAAAUAAAAAACUUAUUAAAACUGA